CGGAGUGACCGGGAGUGACCGCUGGGCCAGAGGGGAGGAUGGGUGGCCUAGGGCAGCCCCCGGGCCCCUCCCAGCUUUGGAGGACUCUUUGGUAGAAAACUCUCCCAUCAAACGAGUGAAAGCAGAAUUGCAGUAGGAGCGCGCUGAAAUUGGGAUGCCCAGACUUGACAAAAACUCAGACCCAACUAAACCCCAGACCCAACCAAACCCCAGACCCAACCACCAACGCCACAAAUACGCCUCGGAAACGUGGAAGUUCUCAGCACCCGAGGCCCUGAGCACCCCGGGUGGAGUUCAGGAGGAAUUUUACUCCAAGCAAGACUCCGUAGCCUGGGGAGGACCCUUCCAAUCUGAGUUAUUCCAUGGCUGUAGGAUGAGCUGAAGCUCAGCCUGGGCGUUUUCACGCCAACACCAGCCAUUCCCCACCCCUCAGCUGUGUUCCCUCCUUCCUGUGCUCCUUCUAUGCCUUCCCCGGCAGUGCCUGACGUUGUAUCUCAGUUUGUGACCAGCUCUGUUGGGAAUUGACCUCAGCUCUCAGCCCUGGAGCUCUGCACUGACAAGCUGUGACAGUAUUUUUUCUAUAUUUUUUCUCUAUAUAAAAUACAAUAAUGACACUGCAUCUGUACAAGACUUUGUCUCCUCAGGCAGCCAAGAGACUGGGUGUAUGAACCAACAAGCCCCUCUUUGCUUUUUUUAAAUAUUCCCCUGUCCAGCUGCAGCCCCAGGCUUUCCUUACUCCAUGUGGGAUUGCUGCAGGAGUUACCAGGAGUGAGCAGUGCUGCUCCAGCCUUUAUACCUCAUCUUUAUCCUGGCUGGCAGGAGGGACAGACUCUGCCCUUGGGGACACACAUAUCCAUAAUGCUCCCUCCAGCCAGGAAUUCUUCCUGCACAUCACAUACAGAGAGGGCCCAAACCACUGCCUGGUGAUUGAGGAGGCCAAAAUUAUAAUUUGGAAGAAAUAAACUCGUGUAGCAGCAUGCAAGGGACAGAAUUCCAUCCUGCUCCCAGACAUCAGGCAAACAGCCAGAGCACUCCCAAAGUCUGGAUGUCUCCGACUCAGGUGUAACCCCUGGGAGCUGCUCUGGGCAUGUUCUUACGGUUUGGAGAUGUAGUUUCAAUAUUCCAGCACAGGCAGCCCAGCAGGUGGAGCCUGCUGAUCAUCCAGGGGUUGAUCCCACGGGAAUUCCUUCCAGCUGCACUCUGCUUUGCCCUUUAGGCCGUAACUGUGAGCACACUUGUUCUGAUGGCACUUCUCUCUAAGUGCUGAUGCAUUAAUUGCUCCAGGUCCUGGCAUCACUUUGGCAUUUUACUGGCUGGACUUCCCACACUCACAGAUCUGUGGUCCAGGAGGAACAUCACAGACACGAAACUUGGUGGUGUCUCAGCAGUGAAGACAACAAUAGGAAACCGGGAUGAAGCUGCUCCAAAGGAUUGUUGUUCCUGAGGAGAAGGAGUCACACGAUCCCUUCACACGUGGAACACUUGGUGUUUAACGGGAGAGCGGCUGCAGCAGCCCGGGAAUGACCAUGGAGAAAAUCCUGAAGGCAGAGCUGAACACCAACAUUCUGAAGGCCGUGGGCAGCUCGGGGGGAGGAUGUAUCAGCCAGGGCCAAGCGUAUGAGACAGACAGCGGGCGGGUGUUCGUGAAAAUCAACCACAAACCUCAGGCUAGAACAAUGUUUGAAGGGGAAAUGGCAAGUUUGGAAGCAAUCCAGAAAACCAAGACUGUGAGAGUUCCUCAGCCCAUUAAAGUGAUUGACCUGCCUGGAGGAGGAGCAAUGUUUGCCAUGGAGUACCUGAAGAUGAAGCACCUCAGCAAAUAUUCCUCAAAGUUGGGAGAGCAGAUAGCAGAGCUUCAUCUUUAUAACCAGAAACUUGGAGAGAAGCUGAGGAGUGAGGGAAGCACAAUUGGAAAAGGAGCCGGUCACUGUGAGUCCCAGUAUGUGGCUAAGUUUGGGUUCCACACAGCCACCUGCUGUGGUUACAUACCACAGGUGAAUGAGUGGCACAGUGACUGGCCAUCCUUCUUCAUCCGUCACCGACUCCAGGCUCAGCUGGAUAUGAUUGAGAGGGAUUAUGGAGACAGAGAAGCCAGAGAACUUUGGUCACAGCUGAAACCAAAGAUUCCCGAAAUGUUCUGUGAUGUGGAAAUCGUUCCCUCUCUCCUGCACGGGGACCUGUGGGCCGGGAAUGUGGCUGAGGACGAGUCCGGGCCCAUUAUCUUUGACCCCGCCUCCUUCUACGGCCACUCGGAGUUCGAACUGGCCAUUGCCGGGAUGUUCGGGGGCUUCAGCAGCUCUUUCUUCUCUGCCUAUCACAGCAAAAUACCCAAAGCUCCAGGAUUUGACAAACGAAACAAGCUGUAUCAGCUCUUUAACUACAUAAACCACUGGAACCAUUUCGGGACGGGGUACAGGGGCUCUACCCUAAACAUGAUGAGAAAACUCCUGAAGUAACCAGGUAGGUUUGAGAAAUUCCAACGUAUUCUCUUAGGAAUGGGCAGCCCCUGCUCAUCCAAAGUACCACAAACUCGGAAUUGGUGGUGAAACACCUGACAUGGAAUAGGCUUAAUGCACUUCUGAGCCUCACUAAUUAAGAGCAAUUGUGUAAUUUUUAACUUGGGCACUAGUUUCCCAGCACAGAUUCCUCCCCUGCUGAAGGAAAGGGCUGUAAUGUUUGUGGAGGCCCCACUGGGUUGUAAAAGCAGCAGGACAGUCAGCCUGACUCUGCUGUCUCACCUCACAGCUGCUGUUUUCCCACAGUUGUUCCACAGCAGCAUCUUCCCACUCCUGCUGCUCCAUCAGCAGUUUGUUAUGGAGAGCUGCAGUUGUGGGACUGUGGUGCUGGAAAUAACAACGAGUUCCUUACUGUUCUGUUUACUUUUCUGUCUGUGUUCCUGUCCCUUUUCCCAUGAAUAUUUCUAUAGUCUUCCCUUUUCCUUUCCUUUCCCAUGACAAAUGUCCUAAUCCAAAGUUCCAGUCAGAUCCUGUGAAUCUGAAGAUGAAAACAUUCUCUUUUUGAUUUAAGGAGCAGAUGAGGCCCUUUGGCUGCACUUGCAAACGUAUGUAAUUAAUAAUAUUUCUAAUAUUUAAUUUAAUGUAAUUUACUCUCAGGCUUUUUGUUUUUCUCUUGCUGUGAGAACUGAAAUUCCAGUGGUAUUUCCUAAAAAAGGACGUCUAGUUCCUUGGUAAUUAACUGUAUGAUCAGAAAUGGGUUGUUACCACCCGAGUUUGAUAACAUUUCAUAGGUUUAGUGUGAUGUUUCAGUGUGUUGUACUACAAUAGUAACAUAUUUAAAUAACUUUGUAAAAAGACAGCAAAAUGUGGGAGGGAAGCUCCAUAUUUUGGUGACAAGAAGCACCUGUGGCUGCUGGGUUGGUCAGUGCUUGAUGUAUUUUCAGUUUUAGAAGAUGAGGUGCAGUGGGCAAAGCUGGUCUGUUGUGCCCCUGCUGGGUUAUGGAAGGAACAGUGUCAAAUCCACUGGCUUUGUAAGGGUUUUAUUGUCCCUCACUGCUUUAUUUUUACAGAAAACAUGGGCAGUGAGAAUUUGGGGAGAAAACUGUUCAGCAAAGACACUGGUCACGAUGUGAGCUCGAGUACAUUAGUGAAUCUGUGGGGUUUUAAUGGGAGAAAGUGGUAAAGAAAGUAAAAGUAAGUGCAGUUCCACAAAUAUUGAUGUGAAUUAGAAGAUUUGGCUAAGAGUGACCUCACUGUUUAGGCUUCUGACUGUUGUCGUGACAAGUACUAAAAUAUAAUAUUCAAAAUGCUAGAAUAUGUUUAGACUUUUUUGCACUUCAAAUGGUUGUGCUAUAAAGAUUUCAUAAAGUUUAAAGUUCGAUGUUGUAAUUGGUACAGUUUAAAACAAUGCACUUUGCUCUCUGUAAAUAGGGUACAAAUAGGGAAAAAUUGUUACUUCCUUCGAAUCAGGGGAAUCUGUCACAGCUGGUUAUAAAACCUAAUAGAACUGGAACAGUGGAAAAGUGGAAUAGUAGAGUUAGGACACAGCUGGAAUUGUGGCUGAUGGCUGGAAGAUCCAGGUUUGGGAAAGAGCAGAGUGCAUGUGCACUGGUGUUUAUGGAUGUGAACAAACCCACCUGUAUUACACUGCUGUGAACUUAAACUCCUCUCAAAUAAAACACUUGCC